AUGAUGACCACAGAGACGACCACAACAACACCGCCAGAGUAUAUCCCUCGCGGCCCAACAACCGCCGACCUCACCUUCUACGCCCCACCACCAGACAAUAGCGCGCCCUUCAACUACGUCGAAUCCCCACCUCCAGGCCAACCACAACGCAACUACCUCGAAAUCCCCCACUCCGUUCCCCUCAACGACAUCCGCGGCCACGAAGCGGAAUACAACCUAGAUAAAGACUCCGUGCAAGCACUCCAAAACAUCACCUCGGCUGCAACAUACGCAACCUUCGACUCCGACGCCGCCGUCCGCUCAAUCUACUACCCAGAAGUCGAACAACUCCUCCUCUCCAAACUCCCCGGCGCCCACAAAAUCGUCCUCUUCGACCAUACAAUCCGCCGCCAGAAAGAUGGCGCUCCUCGACAGCCCGUAACACGCGCCCAUGUCGAUCAGACACCGCGCGCAGCCGCCGAGCGAGUUAGGCUUCACACCACCGACCCGGAGGAAGCGGAGAAGCUCCUCGCGGGCCGAUACCGCAUCGUGAACGUAUGGCGCCCGUUGACCGUUGAACCGGUGCAGUCGGCGCCGUUGGCGUUUGCGUCUGCGGCGUCGGUGGACGAGAAUGAUCUUGUACCGAUUGAACAUCGGUAUCCCAAUCGCACUGGCGAGACGAUGGGUGUUAAGUAUAAUCCAAACCAGAAGUGGUUGUACUGGUCCGGGAUGACGGGGGAUGAGCGGUUGUUGCUCAAGUGUUCGGAUUCGCGCGGGCUUAGGGAUGGGGAUGUGGCACAGUGGGUGCCGCAUACGGCGUUUUGGGAUCCUCGGACUCCUGCUGGUGCGAGGAUUAGGGAGAGCAUUGAGGUUAGGGCCUUGGUCUUUGGUUGA